AUGGAGAAAGCUACCAAGGGACACACUUAUGUGCAAUGGAUAUUCGCUUUAUUAGCUAACGUAACACUCCUGUCAUAUGGUAUGGAGAAUGGUUGGAUAUCACCAACUACGAAAAUUCUCCAAUCUGAAGAUUCACCUACUGGUUACCCUAUAUCAGACAAUAUGAUAUCUUGGAUAGCAACCAUAGCCUUGUUUCUCAAAGCUCCAGAAUCUCCUGCCUUCCUGGUUACACAAGGAAAAAUUAAUGAAGCAUUAGAAACAGUCGCAUUUCUUAGAGGUCUGCAGAAGGAUGACAAAAUUGUGAUAAAUAUAGUAAGCAGUAUGCAGAAAGAACAAGAACAUUUUAAAUCUCUACCUAAUCUUAGUAUAAUUGGUAUAGUAAAAGAUAAGACCCUGCGUCGUGGCUUCUGUAUUAUUAUGUUGAGCUUCGUGUUCCAUGCUUUCAACGGAACGGUAGCAAUUAUAACGUACGCAUCAACUGUAUUGAUAUCUACUGGAGUGAAGUUUGACAUUAGCCCAGAAAUACAGACACUGAGUUUCCCAAUAGUCAUAAUCAUAAGCAGCUUAGCACUUGCCGCAAGCGUGGAAAAAUUUGGAAGGAAGAUACUUCUUGUGGGUGCAUAUCUGAUAUCGGCGUUUUCUAUGGCGGCCAUAGCUGUGAUGAUGAUUGUGCAGGAGCGAGGCGUUACUGUUCCAAGCUGGAUGCCAGUUAUAACAAUGAUGUUAGGUGUGGCUAUGUACGGUGCUGGAAUAUCACCACUUCCGUAUAUUAUUCUAACUGAAACCUUUAGUUUCCAAAUUCGUGCCAAAGUAGUAGGAGUGGUGGUCACGCUGGCAUGGUUCAUGACUUUCCUACUGGUCACCAUGUACACGCCGAUGUGCAAUGCGUUCGGUCAAUACUCCCCGUUCGUAUUUUAUGCUGCAGUGAACUUCGGGGGAUUUAUUUUCGUCAUGUUAUUCAUACCAGAAACUAAGGGCCGAAGUGAGGAAGAGAUUUUAAGCAUUUUGGCAAGAGAGAACAAGAAUCCAAAAAUGCUAAAUGCGACCUAAAUAUUUUUUUAUAUUUAACUCUAAAAUAUUUUUAUUGUAAGCAGGGGAAGGGGGCAAGACGGAGACCUUAACGUUUGGACCUCUCAAUCUGAUCUAUGCCAGCUUCUUUCUUUUUAGAGCUAAUGUGACAUUGCUUAUAUUAUACACACAGAGCCGGAUUAAGCGAAUUGAUGCGCAAUCUUCCUUUAUGAGCCAAAGGUGAUGCCCUAAUAGAUUUUAGGCGAAUCCAGGACUGAAUUUAUAAAGGUAUUGUACAUCAAUUCGCGCUAGAGUGGCUGUGAUUAGUCUCUCGUACGACCGACAAGACUCGACCCGUCUUGCCCACGAGUAAGGGACUACUAGAAAAGUAGGGAGGAGGUAGGUAGGUUACCAUACUUACAUAUCUACCUAUUGCAGGUUACCUAUUACUUAGAUACUAGGUUCUCGUAGGUAAUUUUUAAGCUAGUUUAAUAUGUAAGUUUUGUAC